CACAAGCAGUACAAUUUCAACAAAUCAAAUGCUGCGGUCUCAGAGAUUACGCCGUGAUGCUGAAGAAUGUGGAUUUUACAGUAGGGUUCCUCCUCAUGUUGUCUUUUAUUUCUCGAGCGAUUAAAUACACGGGGGGCCUUUACAAACUUAAAUAUAGGUCUGACCCACUCUUUCUGUUGAUGGUGUGAUGUUCUAUGCCGUCGGUUAGUCUCGAAAUGUAUGAAAAACAAUAGGCUUUUGGAAUUCAUUGUAGUCUAGGAUGCACUCAACGUAGAGGUUUUCCUUCUCACGUUGGUUACAAGCGACUCUGAUCAACAAACGCAGAAGAGAUGCUGUAAUUGGAGUGGACCAGGAAGUACCAGAGAGGAGAAGGAGGAGGAGGAGAGGAGGGAGGAGGAGGAUACCACCAUGAAAGGUCUGAGUGCCUCCAGGUUCUGCUUCUACUUGGGUUUCGUAGUGGGGACUCUCAGCCUGUACCUCUUCCUGCGCCAGCUAUGGUUUGAGAGGAGCAUGGAGCUCCCUGUGCUGGGAGGUGUCCAUGGCAGCUCAGUAGCAGCAGUGGCAGAGGAGAGGCAGGCCAGUGUGGAGAGAGCAGCCCUCAUCAAUCUCAACGUCCCGCACCACACAGGUGAGGACAGUCGCGUUGCAGAUGAGUUGUACCGGAAAGUGCGCAUCCUGUGCUGGGUGAUGACAGGCCCCAGUAACCUGCAGACCAAGGCCCGCCAUGUCAAAGCCACCUGGAGCCGCCACUGCAACGUGGUGGUCUUCAUGAGCUCUGUCGACGACCCAGACUUCCCCACCGUAGGGCUGGGGACAGGGGAGGGCCGCGACCAGCUCUACUGGAAGACCAUCCGGGCCUUCCACUAUGCCCUGGAGCAUCAUGGGAACGAAGCCGACUGGUUCCUCAAGGCGGAUGACGACACCUUCGUAGUGGUGGACAACCUCCGCUGGGUCCUGUCCAAUCACACGCCCGAGGAGCCCCUCUACUUCGGCAAGCGCUUCAAGCCCUACGCCAAGCAGGGGUACAUGAGUGGCGGAGCAGGGUAUGUGUUGAGUAAGGAGGCCCUCAGGAGGUUCGUGGAGGGGUUCAAGACCAAGGUGUGUACCCAUACCACCUCUGUGGAGGACUUGGCUCUGGGACAGUGUCUGGAGAAGAUGGGGGUUCUGGCCAUGGACUCCAGGGAUACAUGGCAGCGGGAGACGUUUCAUCCAUUCGUGCCGGAACACCACCUGACUGGGAAGUUCUCCAAGAGCUUCUGGUACUGGAACUACUGCUACUACCCCAUCGUGGAGGGUCCCCAGUGCUGCUCAGACCUGGCAGUAUCCUUCCACUAUGUGGACGCAGAGCUGAUGUACACGCUGGAGUACUGGACCUACCACCUCCGUGCCUACGGCUACAGAUACCGCUACAGACCUCCACUACCCCAGGGCCUGGUGGAGCGGCUGGCCCAGUCGGAAAGGGCCACUGUGGGGUCAGCUGGUAGAGGGACAAUACCUGCUGGUAUUAUUGUUGUUGGUGGUGGAGACCAGUCCAAAAUGGAGGCAGUGUCAUAUAAAGGGGCUGCGAGGGAAAGUCAAAUCCCCAUGGACAAUAACAGGACUGCAGUCACACAGGAGAGACAGCAGUGAUUCUCUUUGGGCCGACGCCUAACUUCCACUUAAGUGGAAUGUGAACGUGGUCAUGCAUUGGUGUAAUUUGGGACGGUUUGAUUUGAAGCGUUUGAAUGUGUUUUUUUUUAAGGUGAUAACGGGAGUGUGUUGUUGUGUGUGAUGGAAACAGGACUUGUGAAAUGGUCAUGCCAGGAACAGGUUCGAUAUUUCCAACGUUGUGCACCAAUUCCACCACAGUUCAGGUUUAAUUGGUUGUGGGGGAUUUUAUUCAUCCAUAUACUGUACAACUUUUACCUUGAAUGUGUUAACUGUUUUUUAUCAAUAUCUAUUGUUCUUUUAUCUGAUAUUCUGUUUGAAUUCCAAUAGUAUGCCGUUAGUGACCAUGCAUCUGUAUAAACUUCUAGAGCAUUUACUUCAUGAGGCCCACGCUGCAUAAAAACAUUCUGACCUGGACAUUUCCUAUAGCAUGAUAUCAAGCAUUUCUGUGUCUUAGAUGUUGAUUUGGAAAAUCAUCAUUUCCACAACUAACAGUGCUCCUGUAUUCCAUUCCCUAAUUGACUGUCUAUAACUAUUCAAUUCGAUAUUGGUAUUGCACUUUUAGAGAAAUAUGAAGGGACCUUUAUAUGCGUGCACGGAACAAUGGUCGUUUCUUAACGUUGUCGAGGUUUUCGUCAGAAUCUGAGGUUUUCGGCGUCAGGUCAAGCUGAUAGAGCACAUUUUUGAAUGGUAUUACAUUGCUCUGUGGUGUAGCUAAGUGUGAGUGUAUUUCAUGUCAAAUGUAAUGGCCAUAUGUUUUUCCUAUUUAUUCUAGAUUAUCUGCUAAGCAGUUGAAUGGCCUUAAAGUGGGGUAGAUUAUAUUUACUAUAACUACAGUACUAAAGUAUUGUUUUGUACAGUACUACUUAAUGUUCAUAUUCCGGCACUUUGAAUUCUCGUUGCUAUGAUGGUGGAUUUAAAAUGUUGUAACCAAAUAUUUUUCAAUGAAUUGUCAGUAUUGUUGCCACAUUUGAUUGUUUCUUUAAUUUGAAUCACAAACAUAUGGUAAAGAAAUAGUUGUUAUAUCAGAUGGGACUGUUACUGAUUUCUUUCAGGUAAUACAUUAUAGCUAUGACAACUCAUCGGGCACAUGUUACAGUAGCAGGUUGAUUUUGGUCAGUUUAAAUUCCAUAGAUGUUUUCGCAAAUACUUUGUUUUGUAAAAUAAAUAGUUGUUUCUUUUCUGUUUUGUAUAAUAAUAACUCCAAUCUUCUGAAAAGGGGUUUUGCCUUGGCUGGAUGUUAGGGAUGGGUCUGGAUGAAUGUCUUGUCUACAGCCCACGCCGAAACCUGGAUCAAAAAAGUAACAGUGGAUUUUUAGUUAGACAUUUAUAAUCAGUAAAGUUUCUAGUAUUGUUUAAUGCAACGCAGAACGUGAGAAAAUAUAAAGCACUUGAUAACUUAUUGUUAUUCAAUGUAUUCUACACUCUGAGAAAAAAAAGGGUUCUUCUGCUCUCCCCAUAGGAGAACCCUUUUGGGUUCCAUGUAGAACCUUCUGUAGAAAGGGUUCUAUGUUGAACCCAAAAGGGUUCUACCUGGAACCAAAAACAGUUCUUCAAAUGGUUCUCCUAUGGGGACAGCCCAAAGAACCCUUUAAAGUUGGAGACACCACCUUUUAUCUAAGAGCGUACUACAUAGAGAGAUGAGCUAAUGCUGACACUUGUACUGUAUUUAAGGCAUACGUGGAAACCUGCGUAGCAUAAAAUGCAUGGAGUCUACUAAAUUAUAUGGGAGAGCAAAUGCCUCACGCACACACCUCAGUCUGCACUUAUUAAAGAAUAAGCCUCCUCUUCUUGUCUCAGGGUAUGCCUCCUUUCUCAAAGGACGCAUGUUGCCUGUUAGAGAGAACACACACUGGGUCACUGAGCUGGGGGGAAAAAAGCAUUAUCUCCACUGCACAUUGGAUUAUUAUGGAGGUAUAGAUGAAUUAACCCUUUCGUGCAGUGGACUAAAUCAGGGUCACACUGAGUGUUUUUUUUUGCUAGUCUUAAACACAUCUACUUUGAAACAAAAGUAUACACCUCACACACAUGGCGAUUGGCUUAAGAAAAGAAGACACCUGUACCAUGUCAGAUAUAGAGUUGAAAUGUAUUACAUUAUUAGUUUGCAUCGCAAUAUUACACUUCAUUAUACAUCACAGAAGACUGAAUUAUAACAAAACAGCUUAACAUAGAAACACCGGAUUUUCAGCGUAAAAAAAAAGUGUACUAAUGAUGAAAUGAUGAGAAAUAUGAAAAACAUUCCACCCAUGAGGCCACUAGAGGGCGUUUUGGUCAUUUGGACUGCAGGUAAUGUAUGCUACUUAGCAGAUGCUUUUAUCCAAAGCAACUUUAAAAU